GUUACUUUUCAGCGAAAACUAUGACCUACGAAUAUAAAGUAACUAAUCAGAUAUUGUCGUCCAAUGAACACUUCUUAUAAUUAUUAUGGUAGCCAAUACAACAAUUACCACGCCUCAGAACACAGAAUUCCCUCUGAUGUGAAAGCUCAUGCGUGUUUAAUGAUCUUAGCAUGGGGUUUCUGUAACCCAAAUGCAAUCAUCAUUUCGAGACACUUCAAGAAAGGUUGGCCAGGUCGGACAAUAAAUAACUUCGCUUACUGGUUUCAGUUUCACAUUAUUCUUCAGUCAUUCACCCUUGCGUUCGUUUUAUUGGCACUAAUGAUUAUUGUUGUACAUGUUAUGGGCUACUCAAAUUUAAAUGAUCUUCCCUUCAGCGCUCACCCAGCUUGUGGAUUUGCAAUCGUUGUGCUUACUUUCUCAAAUCCUAUUGUUGCAUGGUUUCUCUGCACGACAAGUGGUCGUCAGAGAGCUAUUACAAAAUAUGUUCAUCAGGUGGCUGGAAUUUUGUCCCAGAUGCUUGCAGUCCCGACGGCCCUAAUCGGACUACAGAUGCCUGCUUUGGGAUAUGGUGUUUGUUCAUCAAAAAUAUAUUCGACACUUUUUGCUAUUACUGUUGUUCUUAACGUCAUCGUUGAAAUAACUCUUGAAGUUAUUGGAUACAAAAUCGGAAAAAAUGUCAAAAUUGUGCGGUCAAUUCUAAGCAUUCAAGCUGAUGAAGCUGACAAACUGCUCGCUCGAAUUGAAGAAGAUCCGAAACGUGGAGCUACAUUUUUAGAACACUAUAGGAUAGAACUUUUACAUAAAUAAUAACGGGAUUAAUAUCAAAAUACCGGAAGCAUAUUUGGAAGGACUACUACGUUGUAAUUGCAAUGCACAGUUUACAUUCAACAACGUAACUGAUUCGCAAAAGGGUGGCAUAGCAAUAGAUCCCCUCUUGGUCAAUUCCUAGCAGAUUGCUUCAUGGUCAGUCUAGAAAACAUUUGACUUAAAACGACCACUGAAAAAUUUCACUUGUAUAAAAGAAUCAAAGGUCCAAAAGAGGUGUACCAAAAGAAAUUACCAAAAACCAUACAUUAUGGGUAGUCAAAUACUUUCUUCUUGCUGUGCAUUUAGCGCUCAGUUUUAGCUUGGUAUUUGUCUUAGUUGUACUAUUAGCUGCAUAACGUUUCCCGUAUUUCUUCGGUGGAGUAAAAAAAAAAGGAAAAUUCAACACUUUUACUCUGAUUUUUUAUGAAAUCAAUUUUUAACUAGUAAAACAAUCUAUGUCAUACUAAAUAAAAUGUAUACAAACAUUG